GUUCCAGAGUUUUGCAGUCUGCAGUUUCUAGGUAUUUUUCAUGUCCAAAUCGUCAGUCUUAUCGGACGUUUUAAAUAGUAUGAUUCAUUUGUGGUCCCUGUCAUUCAUCGAGUACUGCUCGGUGUUUUAAAGAAUUAAAGCAUGGACAUAACCACAAAAAUUAAAUUGUUGUCGAUAACAGCUUUGGUUGCCGCUUUGUUAGGCACUUACUUGGCUGCACUCCAAAUCGACAGUCUUGCAAGGGCGAAAUACGCCUUCAAACGAAACAGUCAUUCUGUUGUCAGAAAAGACUUGAGGUACGAGACAAACUCGGUCUCAAGGUAUCAGCAAAAGGUUCAUACCAGAGUCAUAGAUGCAAAACUCAAUCAAAAAUACAGCUUUGCUGUCAACUCCACGCUGGAAUACAUUUUCCAGUAUUCCUACACACAAGAUCUUUUGGAAAACCAAGCCUUAUCUGUUCAAGUUACUAGCCAAGCUGCUUUCAGAGAAAACCCUAUUCUUGUAGUUGUUAGACAACAAAAAGCAGUUCUAUCCUGGCAACUCCCGCUUUUGCUUGAAACCGCAAGUGGAUGGCAAGAGUACAGCAGCGUGAGCCGUCAGCUCUGCACUGAGCCAUUAAAACAUAACGUAAGUGUACAACACGAAUUUUUCCUCGGAGUAUCCACGUCAGAUCCGAAAAACUUGAGCUUUGUUGCUUCUGUUUCUCCUAUCGCAGACUUCGUUGUCGGGUUGGACGAAAAUCACACAGUUGCGUUGACGGCCUCUGAGCCGAAGUAUUACCAGUUCCUAUUUCCUGAAGGUGUUACGAAUGUACUACUUACGGUUACGUCAGACGAUGAUUAUUGUAUGUCAGUCUCGGUCCAAAACUUAACGUGUCCCGUGUUCGACAUGGACCAUGAUCUAAAGUAUGAUGGAAUUUGGCAGACACUUAUGAACAAAACCGGAAUGACUAUAAGCCGCGAAAGAUUUCCUUUCGGCUUUUUCUUUGUCUUUGUCGCUAAAGCUGACGACUAUGAAUGUACUGGCAAACGGAACCGCCCACCGCCAUUGAGACAGAAAACUGUUCAUUUUGUCAUUCAUGAAAAGGUUAGCUACAUUGAUUUCAUGGCCGCCGUUAUAGGAGUCCUGGGGAUAUUCGCUCUCUUCUACGUUGGGGCUUUUGUUGCCUUUUGUUUCACGUGCAGAAACACUAUACCCGAUGUGUUGGAACCAAGUUUGCUUGAAGCACGAAAUAGGCCUUCGCGUUAUGGGUCCAUUUCUACUCCGAUCGUCGGUCAGGCUCCUGUUGUAAGAGAUUUGGAAUCGGAAAAUCUUUCGCGCUCAUCUUCGUCACUGGACAUUACUGAUAUUGAUCUUAUGCCUGAUGCGUACAGUGAUAAAAAUGUUGUACGGACCAAAACCUUUCUCUUCGUGGCCGACCUAUCUCACAAAGGGUCUCGAUUCCACGGCAAAAAGUCUCAGCUCUACAUGUGGAAUUUGCUGAUUGUGGCGGUAUUUUAUGCUCUGCCAGUUUUGCAGCUUGUCAUCAUUUACCAAAAAGUUUUAAACGAUACGGGUGAUCAAGACCUGUGCUACUUUAACUUCCUCUGCGCUCAUCCUUUGGGAGAUUUGACGGAUUUUAACCAUGUGUAUUCAAAUCUUGGCUACGUCCUACUAGGCCUUCUUUUCAUCAUUAAUACCGCUCGCCGAGAUGUUCUCAGGCGACAAGCACAAGCAAAUCACGAUCGGCUAGAAAAGUUUUAUGGAAUCCCUCAACAUUACGGCCUUUUUUAUGCCAUGGGAACAGCAUUAAUGGUCGAAGGCGUACUAAGUGCCUGUUACCACAUCUGUCCGACGCAUGCCAACUAUCAAUUUGAUACCACUUUCAUGUAUGUUAUAAGCAUGCUGUGUAUGUUGAAAAUCUACCAAACUCGACAUCCAGACAUCAACGCCGAAGCUCAUGCAGCUUUUUCCGUUCUUGCUUUCGUUGUGCUUCUCGGUGUCGUCUCUGUUUUUGAAGACAAUUUGGCAUUCCGAAUUAUAUUCUCUGCAAUUCAUCUACUGGCUUGCGUAGCGUUAUCUGCCCAAGUAUAUUAUAUGGGAAGAUGGAAAUUAAACUUAGGCGUUUUCAAACGAAUCUACGUGAUCUUUUGGAACGAUUUCCAAGCAGGGCCAUCGAAUUGGUUUCGACCAAUGUACGUCGAUCGCAUGUUCCUAUUGGUUAUAGGAAAUUUAACUAACGUCGGGUUGGCGGUUUAUGGAUUGAUGGAACGUCCACCGGAUUUCGCUUCGUACAUGUUGGCGAUUUUCAUCACCAAUCUGAUGCUGUACACCUUGUUCUACAUUAUCAUGAAAUUGCGUCAUGGGGAGAAAAUUCUGUGUCAGGCGGUAUUUUACAUUUGCUUAGCUUCACUUUCGUGGGGUGCUGCAAUGUAUUUUUUCAUCAACAAGGCUAUUACAUGGAGGAAACGUGCUGCUGAAUCGCGAGUUUUCAAUCAGGAAUGUGCGAUUCUCAAUUUCUACGAUUUCCAUGACAUUUGGCAUUUCUUGUCGGCUGCCAGCUUGUUUUUCUCUUUCAUGACCCUUCUUACCUUGGAUGAUGACCUGGCCUACACUCCUCGCGAUAGAAUCCCGGUCUUCUAACUGAAAUCUAGCCUGCGCCGAUCUUUUUUCACGGAAUUGUAUUAUGGUUUUGAACUUAACUUUUAUGAAACGUUUUGUUUAACGUGCUAGUCGUCAUUGCAAUCAGUAUGUGAUGAUUCUCGGGACGGAUGUAAAAAAAAAAAAAAAAGAAAGAAAUAAAACACCCGACGUGUACGAAUUGA